AUGCGUUGGUUUGGGUUUUUAUACUGCUUUUUCAUCGGAUUCGUCGCAGCACAGAACUCGGCAAAAGGGCCUAAAGUGACUGACAAGGUAUGGUUCGACAUAGAACAAGACGGAAACAUACUUGGGCGUGUUGUUAUUGGCUUAUUUGGGAAAACUGUACCGAAAACCUCCACUAAUUUUAUUGAACUUUCGAAGAAGCCUAAGGGGGAAGGCUAUGUUGGAAGUAAGUUUCACAGAAUAAUUGAAGACUUCAUGAUUCAAGGAGGAGAUUUCACGCGCGGUGAUGGAACAGGGGGAAGAUCUAUCUACGGUGAAAAAUUCCCUGAUGAAAACUUCAAACUGAAGCAUUAUGGAGCUGGAUGGGUUUCAAUGGCAAAUGCUGGAAAAGACACUAAUGGCUCACAGUUUUUCAUCACUGUUAAGAAAACGUCUUGGCUUGAUGGACGACAUGUUGUUUUCGGAAAAAUAUUAGAAGGAAUGAAUAUUAUUAGAGCAAUCGAAAAAGUGCCUAAAGCUUCAGGAGACAGGCCAGUGUCGGACGUAAUUAUUGCUGCAGCUGGCCAUGAAGUUCUUGCUGUUCCUUUCUCCGUUGAACGCAGUGAUGCGUGA